UUAAAUUCAAGAUUGAGAUUUUAAAUGCCGAAUGGAGAAACUGUCAUAAUGCAUUCUCACAAUGUCAGUUUUUUCCAAUAUCGUGCAGCCCUAGUUCAAACUGUUGACGGCUAUGAAAAGAGAAGAAAUAACAAUAUUAUUUUGACAUGUCAUAGUAAGAAAAACACAAUUGUAAAUAAGUGAAAAUAAAUCCAACCAUUGUAUAUAAUCAGUAAAAACUGUUUUAAAAAAGUGUGCUGAGAAAAAGGUCUAUUAAAAGUCUGUGGCUGAAACCAAACUGUCCUUUCAGUUUUGUGUCAUAUGGGUAACAUUAUCAGCUAAAAUCGUAAUCAUACCAAAGAUUGUUGUAGGUCUACUCAGUGAAACAAGUUGUUAAGAUGACGAGGUAUUGUAGGCUUCUUGUCGACAUAGUCCUGCCCUUUGUGUGUGACCUUCAUCUUGACACCCAAAGCACUGUCCCACAGCAUGUUUCCCAUCUCUAGAAAAAAUGUGUCAGCAUGUGUUAUGUGCGGAAAAAGGGAAACAUCUUUAGUGUAGUUUUGUUGUGUUUUCCAUGCUACAGCAUCUCAAUAUUCGGAAGGCCCAAGAAAUAUACUAUCUGACAAUGCAAAGGUGCAGAGAAACGAUGGAGAGGAAAAACACAGCAGAAAUGAAUCAGUGUAAGAGGAAGGUGAGGGUGUGCGUAGCAACAUGCAACAGAGCGGACUACUCCAAGCUGGCCCCCAUCAUGUUUGGGAUCAAAAACAACCCUGAGGAGUUUGAACUGGAGGUUGUAGUCCUGGGCUCUCAUCUCAUCGAUGAUUACGGAAACACUUUCCGUAUGAUCGAGCAGGACGACUUUGACAUCGGCUCCAAGCUCCACACCAUAGUGAGAGGAGAGGAUGAGGCAGCCAUGGUGGAGAGUGUCGGGCUGGCACUUGUGAAGCUCCCCGAUGUGCUACAGAGGCUGAGCCCUGACAUCCUGGUCAUCCAUGGCGACCGCUUUGACGCGCUGGCCCUUGCAACCGCUGCGGCGCUGAUGAACAUUAGGAUACUUCACGUGGAGGGAGGAGAGGUGAGUGGUACAAUUGAUGACUCAAUCCGUCACGCCAUCACUAAACUGGCCCAUUACCACGCCUGCUGCACACGCAGGGCAGAGCAGCACCUCAUUGCCAUGUGUGAGGACCACUCUCGCAUCCUGCUGGCUGGCUGCCCUUCCUACGAUAAGCUGCUGUCAAAUAAUCACAGAGACGACUACAUGGAUAUCAUCAGGAGCUGGCUCGGGGACAAGGUGCAGGAGUCAGACUACAUAGUGGCUCUGCAGCACCCGGUUACCACUGACAUCCAGAACUCUAUUAAGAUCUACGGGCUGAUGCUGGACGCCCUGAUAUCGUUCAACAAAAAGACCCUCAUCCUCUUCCCUAACAUUGAUGCCGGAAGUAAGGAGAUGGUGCGUGUGAUGCGAAAGAAGGGCAUUGAGCAGCACCCUAACUUCAAGGCGGUGAAGCACAUUCCCUUCGACCAUUUCAUCCAGUUGGUGAGCCACGCCGGCUGCAUGAUCGGGAACAGCAGCUGCGGGGUACGAGAGGCAGGGGCCUUCGGCACGCCGGUCAUUAACCUGGGAUCAAGGCAAACUGGCAGAGAAACAGGUGAGAAUGUUCUUCAUGUCAGAGAUGCCGACACUCAAGAUAAGAUCUACCAUGCUUUGGAGCUGCAGUUUGGAAAGAGAUACCCCUGCUCCAAGAUUUACGGUGAUGGCAAUGCAGUUCCUCGUAUUCUCAAGUUUUUACGGACCAUUGACUUAAAUGAGCCCCUCCAGAAGACUUUCUGUUUUCCUUCGGUGAAAGAAUGCAUUUCCCAGGACAUCGAUCACAUCCUGGAGACCCAGAGCGCUCUGGCUGUAGACCUGGGUGGGACCAACCUCAGGGUGGCCAUCGUCGGGAUGAGGGGUAAGAUUGUAAAGAAGUACACUCAGCCCAAUCCAAAGACCUUCGAGGCCAGGAUGCAGCUCAUGUUGAAGAUGUGUGCAGAUGCCACGCGGGAUGCCGUCAGCUUAAACUGUAGAAUACUCGGUGUUGGAGUGUCCACUGGCGGGCGUGUAAACCCACAAGAAGGCGUGGUGCUGCACUCCACAAAGCUGAUCCAGGAGUGGUCCUCAGUCGACCUGAGGACACCGCUCUCUGACGCCCUGCACCUGCCUGUGUGGGUGGACAAUGACGGCAACUGUGCUGCGUUGGCGGAGAAGAAAUUUGGUCACGGAAAGGGUGUGGAGAACUUCGUCACCGUCAUCACAGGAACAGGUAUUGGUGGAGGCAUCAUCCAAAACAACGAGCUGAUUCACGGCACUACCUUCUGCGCUGCCGAGCUGGGCCACAUCAUAGUUUCAUUAGAGGGACCAGAGUGUUCCUGUGGCAGUAGAGGAUGCAUCGAGGCCUACGCGUCGGGCAACGCUCUGCAGAGAGAGGCCAAAAGGCUACAUGACGAGGACCUGCUGAAGGUGGAGGGGCUGAAUAUAAAGCAAGCGGAGCCGAUCACUGCUAUCCACCUCAUCAAUGCAGCCAGACUGGGGAAUAACAGCGCUGACGCUGUUCUGAACAAAGCCUCCACAGCUUUAGGCAUGGGCAUCGUGAACAUCCUCCACAUAGUGAACCCCACGCUGGUGAUUCUAUCUGGAGUUUUGGCCUCUUACUACCUUGCCCCGGUGCAGCGCAUCAUUUCCGAGAGAGCGCUCCAAUCUGCCCAGAACAUCAAGGUCCUCACAUCAGAGCUGGAGGAACCUGCUUUACUUGGAGCAGCUAGCAUGGUGUUAGACUAUACGACCAGGAGAUUACUUUGAAGGAUAUGGUCCUAAUUUACCAAGGAUCGCAACCAACAGGAGGACUGCAAAACUGAAAGAAAUUCAUGAACUGCCUUGAUGAAGUUUUGCCUGCAAAAAUAGAAAUUCUCGAGCCUGUGAAAAAAAUAACUUCACAAUCAGCCUAGAUGUUGGCCAAAUCAGUCUUGAUACGUCAUGUGUUAAGUACAUCUAUUGCACGAACCAGAAACUCCUUUUGUAUCUACAUAGGCAAGGUUAAAUGAAGGGGCUUUUCUUUUUAGCAAUCAAGCAUCAGCUUUUUGGUAAACAGCAAAGUCAUCUUCAAUACAGAAUUACCCAUUCUGGGAAAGACUUGUACUGUGAAGUGGGUAGAUGGAAAAGUCUAUCAUUAUAGAAAGCGUGUAUCAGAUGUGUCCAAAAUAUUGCUGAAACAUUCUCCUGCAGCUUCCUCUCAAUUCUCCUUGAUUGCUUGCCAUCUCACGUUUUUUAUAAAUCGGUUGGAGUUUUCACUUUAAAUAUGAUCGGUAUUUAAGAGAAGGGUUGUAGUCAAGUUGAUGUUACAUUUCCAUGUUUUAUUACAUAUUAUCAUUUUGGGGAAAUCAAGUAUUUAAAGAUGGUGGUUGAAGGCUUACAGGUUAAGAAAUGGUUAAUGAAAAAUUGGUUGGAAUACUGUAAUAAACUGUUAGGUAUCAACUGCUAUAAAAGCUGCUACAGAAUGAUAUUUCCUGAAUCAGGUGAAGUUUUAUAUACUUUUCAUGAUCACUGACCUAAUGAAGAUUUUCACAGAUUUUGAAGUUUUCCAUGCCUUUUAGAAGAUAAUAUAUUUUAUUGCAAAAAUGUUUGCGUUUGUAUGUUAUAACAUAUGUGUUGUGCAUUACAUGCUGAUUUAAAUGUAUUUGUGAUUUUCUUUGAGUUAAUGCCCUAACAAAAGUACUAUUUAAUUUUACAUUUUUAAGUAAAGUAUCAUUUAAAAUAAUGACAAGACUAGAUUUAUGAUGUAUGGGCAAUAAUAAUAAUACAUUUUAUUUAUAUAGCGCUUUUCCUGGUUCUCAAAGCACUUUGCAAGCAAGUAAAGAAAAAUAACAAUGAAUAUGAUUAUCUGGUGGGCCAGUAAAGCAGUUGAUGCUAAAAAACAGUGCUUUACCUUUUAAAAGUUACUUAAACAUUGCUCAAUGUUCUAUCAUAUGAGGCUCCAGGAUAUAAACUUAACACAAAAAGUAAGGACAU